CCUAAACAUGGCGGACGAAGAGGCUGCUUAUUACCUCGAACAGGUUACCGUCGCAGAUGACAGCGAUGAUGAAUUUCCUUAUGAUGAGGUCCCUGUUGAAGAUGACUUGUCAGUUACAGAGGGAGAUGAAGAUCUUGACACUGCAGUGAAGACAAUACAAGAGAAAUCUACAGACACCUUACUUUUGAAAUCUGGACCUGUCAGUGCAUCAAUUAAGACUAGACCAGAAGUUGUUGAAGAUUUUGUGAGAAAUUUCCUGGUAAAGAUGGGAAUGAAUAGAACAUUGGACUGUUUUCAGACAGAAUGGUACGAACUUCGACAAAAAGGAUUAUUAAAUGAAGAGGAAGUCCGUAUCGUACCAGAUCUUUAUGUCAAGAAUCAGCAUUUAGACGCUUUGGUCAAAAACCUAAGGCAGGAUGUCGAAAAAUUCAAAUCUGCUGCAGAAAAUGCUCGUCAAACAUUCGUACGACUACGGAAGGAACGAGACUUCCAUCGAAUGCAUCACAAGAGAGUUGUACAAGAGAAGAAUAAGCUAAUUACAGAUAUCAAGAGACUCAAGAAGCAUUAUGCAUCAUACGAGCCUACCCUUGUAACACUUAAACAGAAAUAUGAGGUUGCUAUGAAGGAAAAAAUGUUAACCAAGCUGGAAAGAGACAGAGCUGUCGGUCAGGUGGCGGGAUUACAAUGCACCCUGCAUCAAGUUGGGGGUACCAAGGAACUUAUCGCAGAGGGCAGUGCUGGAGCUGAACGAAGAGUCAAAGUUUCUCAGCAACGUCCAGUUCCUCCUCAGAAAACCGGUGAACUAGAUGUAUCUCAGACAAUGGAGAAACGACAUCCAAAGGAUUCAGAGUUCCCUGUCGAUACUCGCACAAACCCCAUGUUAAACUACCACCGAGGCCCAUCUGCUCAUCUAACAAGAUCAGGUGGUUUCCGUUUGACACAUACCAUCAAUGCACACGAUCUGCCAGUCAGUGGUCUUGCUUUGCACCCACGCAAACAGGUCCUUGCCACUGUUAGUGAUGACCGAUCCUGGAAGAUGUGGGCUAUUCCAAGUGGUGACAUCAUCAUGACCGGUGAAGGACACAAAGACUGGAUCUCUGACUGCGACUUUCACCCGGGUGGUGCUCGACUGGCAACAUCAUCAGGUGAUGGUACGGUCAAGAUAUGGGACUUCGCUAAAGCGGAAUGUGUGUUAACAUUCUCUGACCACACCCAUGCCGUAUGGGGGUGCACUUGGCACACAGGAGGUGAUUUCCURGCUUCCUGCUCCAUGGAUAGUACCUCAAAGAUAUGGGACCUCAAUAGUGAACGUUGCCGAUUUACUCUCCGUGGUCACGCAGAUUCUGUAAACAGCAUUACAUUUCUACCGUACUCCAACACCCUGCUGACCAGCUCUGCUGACAAAACACUUUCCUUAUGGGACGCAAGAACGGGUUUGUGUGCGCAAACAUUCUACGGUCACAUGCAUUCUUGUAACCAUGCAACAUUUAAUCUCAAGGGCGAUACCGUGGCAUCUUGCGAUGCGUACGGCGUAGUCAAAUUAUGGGAUGUUCGAACUGUCGGUUGCAUGGCAACCAGUGACCUAGGUCCCCACCCUGCCAACCGCGUGGCAUUCGACCCAAGCGGAAGUGUACUCUCGAUAGCCAGUAAUGAUGGCUCUGUUAAAAUGUUUGAAGUUGGUACAGGUCGAGUGAAUCAGUUAACAGGACACGAAGAAGCUGUUCAGAGCGUGUUGUUCGACAAGACUGGAGAAUUUCUUCUGUCAGCGGGCUCGGAUGGGACUGUUCGGGUUUGGUCCUAACUUGUCUUAGUUAUUAUAUAUAUUUCUUGUUUGUAGUCAGUGGGCUAGUUUGAAUCAGUUACUAGACUAUUUGCCCAUGCCAUUUAUUAGGGCUUUUAGUAAUCAUUUUGACAAUGGUGUCGAGAGUAUUAGGUCAGGUCAUAGUUACUUAUAUCACCAAUACAUGAAAUUGUUAAUAACUUUAAUUUCAUUCGUUACACAGUUAAAUAAAGAUUUAUAUAUCAUA